UGGAGCCGAGAGCCGCUAAGUUCCGUCUUCAGUUCCGUUCACAACAAGUCGAUUUUGGCUGUAAAUAGACUUUAAUCUCACCAAUCGGAUGCACGUAAGCGGCCAGAGUGAUAGCCAUGUCGUCUGAGUGGUGGAAUCAGUGGCUUGUUUCCAAUGGCAGCUCUGCCUUUAACUUCACAAAAUGCUUCAGCUCCAACCAAAGCAGUGUCCUGUACGGGAACAACUUUGGAGGGAUACCAAUUGUGCUUUUUCUGGAUUUCUGUGUCUUCAUGUUCCUUUUGAUCCUUUUCUCUAUUAUACGAAAACAAUUCUGGGACUUUGGACGGUUAGCGCUGGUGGCUGAAAGUGAGGGGUUUAACGAUUUUGGACACCGUAACUAUGGUCGCAUGUCGUCCUUUCUGUCAAGCACAGAUGAACAUGAUCACGAAUUGGGCUUUUUCUCGUGGGUGCCUUACAUUGUGAGAAUGGAGGAUAGGAAAAUUAAAGAUAGAUGUGGGAUAGAUGCUACAAAUUACCUCUCCUUUCAACGCAAUCUGAUCUUCUUACUUAUUGUCAUAACUGUCGCUUCCCUUGGAAUUAUUUUACCUGUGAACCUGACUGGGAACCUUUUAGACAACCCACUAAAUUUUGGAAGAACAACCAUAGCCAAUCUUCCAAGUGGAGACUUGCUGCUAUGGCUGCAUACAAUCUUUGCAGUACUUUACUUGAUGCUGACAGUUGUUUUUUUACGACGCCACACUUCACAAAUGAAAGACAUGCGGAAAGAAAUAGCUAGAAAUACAUUGUUUGUUACUUCAGUGCCAAAAACGGCAACAGAAAAUGACGUAAGGUCUCAUUUUACGUAAGUAUCUUUCAGUAGAAC